GCCUCAAAACAGAAAAAUCGCAAAUGGCGGCCGAUGCAGUUACGACCUACAGACUCUAAGAUAAUUCUAAAAUAUGSUAUAUUGAUUAACAGUUACUAGUUAAAAAUGUUUGGAGACAGAGCUUUGGAGCUUGUCAAGGAGCUUAAAAGAACAAUCGAUAGCGGUCUGCCACCGUACAACGAAGAUGUUGUUCGACAAGUGUUGGAAGAAAUGAAGGCUUUAUUUGAGCAGAAUCAAAAAGAAGUUAAUGCCACAGUGGACGGCGAAUCUGGUCUGUUUUCUGGUGUSCAUCUUAGACAUGCAAGUCUAGAGAGAGACAAAAGAUGUUUACUUGUUUAUCUGUAUAAUAGAAUGGUCAGGAUAAAGAAUUUCCGUUGGGAAUUUGGGACAGUGUUACCUGAAGAUGUCAAAUACAACAUGUGUGAACAAGAGAUUCAAUGGUUCACAAAAUAUAAUAAAUCACUUGCCAACUACAUGAAAUCUGUUGGUCUUGACCUUACUCAGGACACAAAACCACCCAAGUCGCUGUAUAUUGAGGUUCGCUGUGUUGAAGAUUAUGGUGAAUUUGAGGCUGAUGAUGGAACUGUUGUCUUGCUAAAGAAAAAUAGUCAGCAUUUUCUGCCAAGAUCCCAUUGUGAACACUUGAUAAGGCAAGGAGUUCUGGAGCAUAUUAUAUGAAUAAAAUGUUGUGCUAUAAAUAAUGUGCUGURAAUGUGCAAAACUUACUGUCACUCAAGCGAAGUCUAAAGGAGUUAAAUAAUAAAAUUUGAAUAAG